GAUUGGCGGAGCGUGUUGCCUUAAGUUUUCCCUGGUACUCGCGGAACGGUGGGGAAGCGGUUGAUCUUGGAACUCCGCGAGCAGGCAGCUGGGCGCUCGCGCAUCGCAACAUCUCUCCCCGGACGCACUGCGCAGCAUUCUAGUCCUCAGUGAGGUCUUGUUCCCAAACUGCGCUGCAGGUAGGAGCUCGCAGUCUGCUGCGGGGCUAAGGGCGCUCCGGUAAUGGAGGGACCUUUUCGGGAGUCCCUCUGCCUGCUUAGAAAGCCAGCAUUUCGGGAUGGGGGUGAAGAGUAGCCUAGGACCCUUCUCCUAAAAUUAAGGUUUUCUCUUGUUUCCACAUAAUAACGGCGAAGUUUUCAAUAUUUUUACUAUGAGCCCUGUUGCCCUGUUAAAAUCAGGCACAAGUUAGACCAAGGCAUGUAAAGCUGAUGGGAUAGCUCAGUGGGUAGAGCGUGAGAUCUCAGGAUGUCGUGGGUUUGUGCCCCAUGUUGGGCAAAAUAAUAAUAUUAAUAAUAAUUAAUCAUUUGUUAUUUAUACCCUGCCCAUCUGGCUGGGUUUCCCCAGCCACUCUGGGCGGCUUCCAACAAAAGAUUAAAAAUACGUUAAAACAUCAGUCAUUAAUAAUAAUAAUAAUAAUAAGUUAUUAUUUAUACGUCGCCCAUCUGGCUGGGUUUCCCCAGCCACUCUGGGCGGCUUCCAACAAAAGAUUAAAAAUACGUUAAAACAUCAGUCAUUAAUAAUAAUAAUAAUAAGUUAUUAUUUAUACGUCACCCAUCUGGCUGGGUUUCCCCAGCCACUCUGGGCGGCUUCCAACAAAACACUAAAAUACAAUAACGUAUUAAACAUUAAAAACUUUCCUAAGCAGGGCUGCCUUCAGAUGUCUCAUAAAAGUCAGAUAGUUGUUAAAUAAUAAUAAUAAUAAUAAUAAUAAUAAUAAUUUGUACCUCACCCAGCUGGCUGGGUUUCUCCAGCCACUCAGGGCGGCUUUCAACAAAAUAAUAAAAUUACAAUAAAACAUCAAACAUUAAAAACUUCCCUAAACAGGGCUGCCUUCUAAAAGUCAGAGAGUUGUUUAUUUCCUCGACAUCUGAUGGGAGGGCGUUCCACAGGGCGGGCGCCACUACCAAGAAGGCCCUCUGCCUGGUUCCCUGUAACUUCACUUCUCGCAGGGAGGGAACCGCCAGAAGGCCCUCGGAGCUGGACCUCAGUGUCUGGGUUGAACGAUGGGGGUGGAGAUGUUCCUUCAGGUCUACUGGUGAAAGGUUUCCUGUAUUGCAGGGGGGUUGGACUAGAUGACCCUUGGGUCCCUUCCUUCCUUUCAACUCUGCAGAUUCUCGCGGGGAUUGGAUGGUAAUAAGGAGAGGAUUGGGUGGCUGGUGUAAAAAAGGCAUCCUUGUGCCUUUUACCCCUCUGUAGCAUCUCUAUUGGGAAGGAAGCGGGGGGCGGGGAGUAGGUGGUGGAUAAGUAAGGAUUUUGCCUAGCUUGCUUGUCCUUUUUAAAUGGAGUCCAUUCUCUUUAUUUUCUGCGUGGUGAUUGCAGCAGUCCCGUGACAUGACUGGUUGGGUGUUUGGUCGAAUGGCAGUCUAGUAGUUUUAAAAGCACAAAAUGGCACGUGGACUGAGAAGAUACUAUUCAAUUAGUCUGGAAUUUAUUUGUCUUUUUAGUAGAUUUAUACAUUUAUACCACAAAAUUUAGCCAGAAAAAUUCAGAGAGCAACUUGCAGAUCAAUAAAAAAUAACGUCCACGCUUAGGUUAAUUACCAAUAAAACAACCUUUCUGGUGUGAAAUAGUGACAUGAACUUUAAGUACAGUGGUACCUCUAGUUAUGAACUUAAUUUGUUCCAGAGGUCCAUUCUUAACCUGAAACUGUUCUUAACGAGAGGCGUGCUUUCGCUAAUUUUUAUGUACCUUGCUUGUGGUGGCUUGUAUUUUUCUUAACUUGCAGACUCACAGUGUAUUUUCGGCCCUUAAUUUCAUGAUUCCUGCAUCUAGAAUUAACAGGCAGCUUGGUGCUUGAUGUUUGUGUGUGUAUAUUACUAUAGUCAUUAAAACUUGCCUCAGUAAUUAAAUUUUCUUAUUCUGCCCCUGCCUGGUCCAUUAGCAUUCUUGUGAACAUGUGGUACAGUUCUGGCAUGUCACUAAUUUUUGAAACACAUUGCUUUUUAAUGAUACAGAUAUAUAGAGUAACUUGCAACAGAAUUUCGAGAAACCACACAAUUAUUAUUAUUAAUUAAAUUCCUAUACCGCCCUUCAUCCGAGGAUCAAGGGGUGGUUUAUAGUAUAAAAGCACAAAAUACAUAACAUAGUAAGAAGUGAAAAGAAUAACCCUACAUACACAGUUUAAUAGGCUAUAGAUUGUUUAAUAUGGCAUCAUAGAUGCAAAACGCAGAAUGCCAAAAUGGUAGCAGCAUAAAUAUCAACAUUUAGAUUUUGUUUGCAAAAGAGCACUGUACAGGAUUCACAAGGCCUAGCAGAAUAAAUGAGCUUAUAUUAGUUGCCUCAAGUUGGAGGCCGUUAAUGGAGGAAAGUGGAAAAGUUUUGCUUGGGUAGCUCUCCAGAUGUUUUAUUUUUAUUUUUUAAUAUUUUUUAUUGAAUGAUUUUAUGUUACAAAAAACAAUACAGCCAUAUUAGCACUCAAUAUAAUUAAGAAAUAGAAAUUACAUACAUCAAUAUUUAGUUUGUUAUUUGUUAUUUAACGUCUUAUUUCCUCCCAAACAUUCCAUACAAAAACACACAUAUGUGCAGACACCCACACACCCACACACAAAAUGAUAAUAAUGAAAGUAAAUAUUUUCCCCCUUUUAUCUUCCAAAAUCCUUUCUUCAACUUUGACUUCCUGUCAAGUCCCUUUGCAUAUAUUUUAUCUUACAAUCGGAUGUACACAAAACAAUAAACCUUUCUAUAUAAAUUUUCCAAUACAUUCUGAAAACAUAAUAAAUCCUUAAUUGUUGUCCACCUCCUUUUAGUUCCUUUAUCACUCGAAGGCUAGCACGGAGUCAAAACUAUUAUUGUAUUUUUGAACAUAUCUUCUAUAACCAUCCCAUUUUCCUGCAAAUUUUUGCUUUGAGUUUCCUCUGAGUUUACUAGUCAGUUGAGCCGUCUCCACCAAUUCCUGUAAUUUGAUUUGCCAAUCUGUUAUUUUUGGAGACUCAUGAUCUUUCCAUCCCUUGGCCACAAGUAUACGAGCUGCUGCGGUUGCAUACAAAAAUACCUCUCUUAGAUUUUUGGGGGAUCUCUUUAUCUAAAACACUUAAUAGAAAUGCCUCCGGUUUUUUAGUAAAAGUUAUCCCCAGCUCUCCAGAUGUUUUAGACUAGAACUUCCAUCAUCACCAGCCAGCAUGGCUGGGGGUCAAGGAUGACAGGAGUUGCAGUCCAACGACAUCUAGAGGACACCAGGUUGGGGGAAGGCUGAUCUAGAAAUUAGUGGGUGCUCUUGUGUGGGUGCUCCUAGUCCUGGGGGCGGGAAACCUCCUUGUGAAGGUAGUCCUCCUCUCUCCAUUGGGUCCUCAAAAUUCUCCAGAUCACCGGCGCUUCCUUGCACCCUGUUUGGCCUGUCUGGAAUGUGUCCUUGAAUUCUGAUAAUACUUGUUUGGAUGGAUACAGAGCAGUGUGUGACUCUGUCUCUAGAAUCUAACCUACUCUACAAAGUCAAACUUGUGUGUUUGGCUUGUUACCCACAAGCCUGUGGCCUUCAGAAGAUUACCCGGAAAGGAAUGUGGACUGAAAAAAGUUAUCUGCCCUUACCCAUCUCCUUCUCAGGUCAUCUUGAGGGGUGGAAUGAUUCAAACCCUCUUUGAGAAGUGUUUGAAUUAGCCAGCCACGUUUUGCACCUGGCUACUGGCCACUUGUGGGACGCGGGUGGCGCUGUGGGUUAAACCACAGAGCCUAGGACUUGCCGAUCAGAAGGUUGGCAGUUCGAAUCCCCACGACGGGGUGAACUCCCGUUGCUCGGUCCCUGCUCCUGCCAACCUAGCAGUUCGAAAGCACAUCAAAGUGCAAGUAGAUAAAUAGGUACGGCUCCGGUGGGAAGGUAAACGGCGUUUCCAUGCGCUGCCUUGGUUCGCCAGAAGUGGCUUAGUGAUGCUGGCCACAUGACCCGGAAGCUGUACGCCGGCUCCCUUGGCCAAGAAAGCGAGAUGAGCACUGCAACCCCAGGGUCGUCUGUGACUGGACCUAAUGGUCAGGGGUCCCUUUACCUUUACCUUACUGGCCACUUGCGACCAAGUGAAGUUGCUUGGGUGUCAGGAUGGUGCCUGAUGUUCUCCACCAUCUGAAGGUGCAUACCUGGGGAUCCUUUGAUCUGGAAUGUUUUCAAACACUAAUACUCCAUCCUGUAGAAUUCUAUCAGUUAUAUUUUAUCCCCACAAUCAGAAUGAAUUUCAGGAACCAAAAUGCCAUUUCUGUGCAGCCUGAGCAAAAGCAGCCGACGAUGUUAUAGUUAAUUGUUGUCGCUUGUCUUUGCUUUACAGUUGUGCUCACAGUUGUGAAGAAUGUCCGUACGUUAUGAAUGGUCCGUGUCACCAUUAAGAAGAAGAGGGAAGAGUAGGCCAGUACAGUCAUACUUCGGGUUACAGAUGCUUCGGGUUUGCGCGUUUUCAGGUUGCGCACCACACCGAACCCAGAAGUACCGGAACAGGUUACUUCCGGGUUUCGGUGCUCGCGCAUGCGCAGAAGCACUAAAUUGCGCUUUGCGCAUGCACAGAAGCGCUGACUCACAACCUGCAUGCGCGCAUAUGUGACGCUGUGGGUUGCAAACGUGCCUCCCGCACGGAUCACGUUCGCAACCCGAGCGUCCACUGUAUAUACAGUGGUACCUCAGGUUAAGUACUUAAUUCGUUCCGGAGGUCCGUUCUUAACCUGAAACUGUUCUUAACCUGAAGCACCACUUUAGCUAAUGGGGCCUCCUGCUGCCGCCGCGCUGCCGGAGCCCGAUUUCUGUUCUUAUCCUGAAGCAAAGUUCUUAACCUGAAGCACUAUUUCUAGGUUAGCGGAGUCUGUAACCUGAAGCGUAUGUAACCUGAAGCAUAUGUAAGCCGAGGUACCACUGUAUUUGGAUGGCCCCUGGAAGAAAGGACUGAUAAUCUGUUUAACUGAUAAUCCAUUACAGUCAGUCCAUCAUUUGAAAAAUAAGACUUUAGAGCUGUCUUGCGCCAAAAUGGCAACUAGACCUUCCAUUUUGGCCACCGUAACCUUGGAUUAAGGAGCCAUUUGGCACCUCGCUUAUAUAUCUGAAUUUCUAAUACUGCUCUUAAGUCCCCUCUUAAGUCUGCUGCAAGAAAGCUUUGCCCACCAUGCCACAAAGGUAACACCACAAACCCCAGGCCAUGAAGGAGAAGUCCAAACUGGAGCUUCUUCCUGUGCCACCAUUGCCCCAGAUCUGGAAGGGGCAGUGCUGGGGUGGGAAGGAGUGGCAGUGUGGGCGUGUGGGUCUUCUGACAUUUACUUGGGAAUAUCUGCACCAGGAGCAGGCUGAGGUGCCUUUUGACACAGCUCUGAAAACCCAACUUGGGCAGUAUUUGCAUAGGCAAAACGCCCACUUCGUUUUGAACAGAAUAUGUUUACGAUGCCACAAUUAUAGUGUCAGGCCAGCCUGAUGCUAUUAUGCCACCCACUUUCCUUACUGCCGUGGCACUUACUUAAAAAUCAUUUGGUUAAUAUCCCUUCCAGUGUGUUUUUUCCAUUCGUUUGGCUCUCAUUCCCUUGUUCAUAGCCCUUUAUAUUUCUCCCUCGGUUGUUAGUAAGCUACUUAGCAUUCCCAGAAGUGUUCUGGUUUUUCUAAGGGAGCAUAAAAAAAAUGCUUUGGGGACCGAUUUCUCUUUCCUCACCCCUUUGCGUACAGGAGGCUCUGUGUCUUGUAGUUAGUUGAAAACUGGGACGCUUUCCAGAAACUUUGGAAUCAUUUAGUAAAUAAUCUCUUUUAAAACAUUAACAGCAGCAUGAAUUAAGGAGGACUCUGUGAAGUCAUAUUUAACUUGCGUUUCUAUACACUUGAAAAGCCAAUAGUUUUUGUUAGUAAGUUUACUGAUUUACGUUUAAAAUGCUACCUCAAACAACUUACAUUGUUUUAGGCUGCAGUCUCCACAGAGGCACGGUAAAUCAAAAAUGGAACUUAUUGUACAUCAAGAUGACUUUUGGGCUUACGAUAUAAUUUGGGGGAAAGUGUGUUGAAGUUGCAGCUGCUGUAGAAAUGGGACAAAGCUCUUGUAGAUACUGUUAUGUUUGGUCUAGUUCAUUUGUGGGUUUGGGCGUUAAUCUUAUCUAGUGCAGUAUUGGCGGAGGGGAUUAUGAUUCAAUGCGGAAAUACGAGUUUUCUGUGUCUCCUGAAAUGGUGGUUUUCAAACUGUUUCCUAGCCUCAGCGAAACCUUUCUACAGUGCUGCUCUAGUGAGGAACCCCUGAAUAUAGAGUCACAGAGGAGAGAGGUAUAUAUAUAUAUGUGUGUGUGUGUGUGUGUGUUUUAUUUGAAGGUGAUGAUGAAGAUUGUUGUUAAUAUUAUAUAUUUCAUUUCUAUACUACUUUUAAAAGGUAAAGGUAAAGGACCCCUGACAGUUAAGUCCCGUCGCAAAGGACUCUGGGGUUGCGGCGCUCAUCUUGCUUUACUGGCCGAGGGAGCCAACGAUUGUCUGGAGAGUGUUUUUCCAGGUCAUGUGGUCAGCAUGACUAACCUUCCCGCAGGAGCGGUACCUAUUUAUCUACUUGCACUUUGAUGUGCUUUCAAACUGCUAGGUUGGCAGGAGCUGGGACUGAGCAACGGGAGCUCACCCCGUCAUGGGGAUUCGAACCGCCGACCUUCCGACCGGCAAGCCCAAGGCUCAGUGCUUUAGACCACAGCGCCACCCGCGUCCCUUCCCGAUACCACUUUACUUUUAAAGAAAAAAGUGGUUUCUGCUUCAUCUACUGCCCUCAUCUCUUGCAUUUUAACAUUCUUAAUAAAACUUCACAUAAUUUGGCUCUUGGGAUCUGAUGUGUGCUUAUGCCAAACUAGGAUUCUGGUAAUAUCCCAUGUGCCUGCCCGCAUGGGCACAAGUGGGGGAUUUCAUAGGGGAAAGAGCAGCCUGUGCAGAACGCCUAGGUGAGGAAGGUAGCUGGAUGCUAGUCCUGUUACUGAUCAAUCAAGACGGAUUUGCCUGAGAAGAGCAUGGUGCAUUGGUUCAAAGGAAUAGCGUGGCCUCCCAGAAUUCACCCCACUUGGGGGUCAUGGGGGUUAAUAGGGGGUGUGGGCAACAUCACUAGAUCGCUUUGGUCACAACCAGCCUACCUUAUAAGACAGUUGUGCAAGCGAGGCCAUAAAGAAGCUCUGUUAUCUUCUCCCUUCUACUGGACUGCUGGUGAUGCCUCUGUCAUCUUCCAGCUACGGUAGCAGAGGCACAGGAGUAGGGCGUCAGUGGUAUUACAACUUAGCCCUCAAAUAUUCUAACCACGGGAGAGCAGGGCACAUAGUUCCUGGAUCUGCAAAUACUAGAAGUGUACAAUGCUUACAAUUCCAGGUACAGUGGUACCUCGGGUUACAGACGCUUCAGGUUACAGACUCCGCUAACCCAGAAAUAGUACCUCGGGUUAAGAACUUUGCUUCAGGAUGAGAACAGAAAUUGUGCGGUGGCAGCGGGAGGCCCCAUUAGCUAAAGUGGUGCCUCGGGUUAAGAACAGUUUCAGGUUAAGAACGGGCCUCCGGAACGAAUUAAGUACUUAACCUGAGGUACCACUGUACGACUUUUGGGUUUGUGCGGAUAAAAUAUAAUGGAGAAAGGAAGAAAAGGAGAGAGGAAAAAGAAAAGUUUUGGAGGGAAGGAAGCAGAAAGAGACUUGAGGAGGAAGAGGUGGAAAGAGAUCUGGGAAAAAGCAAAACCAAAAGAUGCGGGAUAGAGAAGGAAGUGGUGGGAAGCACUCUAAUUUUGUUGGGGGGGGGGGAAUAUUGAGCUUGCUGUUUUAACAGUCCAAAGAGAUUGGUCAUUACAGUGGUACCUCGGGUUAAGUACUUAAUUCGUUCCGGAGGUCCGUUCUUAACCUGAAACUGUUCUUAACCUGAAGCACCACUUUAGCUAAUGGGGCCUCCCACUGCCGCUGCGCUGCCGGAGCACGAUUUCUGUUCUCAUCCUGAAGCAAAGUUCUUAACCUGAAGCUCUAUUUCUGGGUUAGUGGAGUCUGUAACCUGAAGCGUAUGUAACCUGAAGUGUAUGUAACCCAAGGUACCACUGUACUCCAGUUUUACAGGGAACGGAGGGUAGGAGAGAGAGACGUACCUGAGUGCCACACAGGUGAGUGCCAGGUAUCACCUGUCCUCAGGUGGAGAGUGGGGCUUAACUAGCCACUUUGUAAAUGCCAAGCAUGCACAGGUAAGGAGAAUUAAAGGAAUCGUGCUAUAAUAAUAAUAAUAAUAAUAAUAAAAUAAAUUUUUUUUUUAUUUAUAUUCCGCCCUCCCCAGCCAAAGCCGGGUUCAGAGCAGCUAACAACAGUAAAAUAAUACAACAUUCUAAAAUCAUUUCAUUAUAAAAUCAGUUCAGAAUCAAAUUAAUGGCAACCAUUGGGCUAGAGUUCUCUGAGGAUUGCCAAAGGAGGGGGUCAGGCUGUGCCAAAGGCCUGGUGGAAUAGCUCUGUCUUGCAGGCCCUGCGGAAAGAUGUCAAGUCCCGCAGGGCCCUAGUCUCUUGUGACAGAGCGUUCCACCAGAUCGGGGCCACGGCCGAAAAAGCCCUGGCUCUGGUCGAGGCCAGCCUAACCUCCCUGUGGCCCGGGACCUCCAAGAUGUUUUUGUUUGAAGACCGUAAGGUCCUCCGUGGGACAUACCAGGAGAGGCGGUCCCGUAGGUACGAGGGUCCUAGGUUGUGUAGGGCUUUAAAGGUUAAAACCAGGUGACAGCCCCUUUAAAAGAAGGGGACCUGAAACCUGUCUUGUUAAGAGUCACAGAUAUGAUUGAAACCAUGCCUCCUGGCAAAUUCCAGUGCAAGUUUCCUUUCUAGGCAGGUUGACCUGUUUGGGUUUUGACACGCUGUUGUUUGCUUCCGCGGUCUGGUCCCGCAGACCUGCCCUACCAGUGAUAAUAGCUGAAAUCAUUCUGGUGGGCUGUAAUUUGUAGCUUCUCUGCUGCUGUCUCCAUGUACGCUGAAAGCAUGAGAGAGCAGUGAAUAGCAGCUAGUGAUAGAGCACAAUCAUUAUACCAUCAAAGUCAGUGUGUGGGUGGGGAGACCAUGUAUGCUUUUAUCAUCCAGAGAGAAAACGCAUUCCGGGGGAAAAGCCUCUUAAACUCUCCCACGUAUUAUUAUGUAUCUGCCCAGACAUACAAGAAGAAACAAAAUGCCUUCAACUAUUCAUGGGUCGACAUAGGUUGUGCCCUAUGCGUUAUAGAAUGUACACCUGUAUUGUAAACUAAACCAUUUCGUUAAAUGCACAUUUGUAGCUUUAAUUUCUGUGUGAUUCAGUUAUGUGUCAAGAAUGCUUAGUGGCAUUCUUACAUUCUUCGGAGUAUUGCUGGCUUGUAAAAUGGUACAAUGCUGUGAAGGUCACAAGGUGAAAUGGUGAGGAAUCUUUUUUUAUAUAUAAUUUUUUAUUAGUUUUUUUAACAUAUCAUUUUCAACAGUCAUUAAACAUACUUUUACAUCUUAUUCAAAUUUUUGACUUCCAUCAGUCCUGUCUGAAAGUUUUCCAAUCUAAUCUCUCAGUAUGCAUUUCUUAUCUUCCCUAUUACAUUUCAAACACAUAACCAAUAUCUCUAUCUUUUUCUACUUUGUAACACUUCGUCUAUUUCUCCUUACAAAACUUGUUGUAGUCCUACUAGUGUAAUUUGUUGAUUACAGUUGCUCUUCAAAUAAUUCAUAUACUUCUUCCAAUCUUCGGUAAAUCUCUGGUCCCGCGGGUUUCGAAUCCUUCUUGUUAUUUUGUCCAAUUCUGCAUAGUCCAUUAAUUUCGUCUGCCAUUCUUCUUUCGUCGGAAUUUCUUCUUGUUUCCAUUUCUGGGCUAACAAUACUCGAAAUGGUGAGGAAUCUUAAUUCAUCUACUGUCUUAAUUUCAGGUUGCAAUGUCUCGCAUCAUCUGCUGUCCACGAUCCAGUGUGGUUAAGCUCAGUUUUGUGGCUUUGCUGCUAUUUGUAACGAGUUUCCCUUCGUGCUUAAACGACAGAGUUGCAGUGAGUAUCUUUAGUAACUGAAUCUUGAGAAAGUACAGGGAAAGUUAACUAAUCAGAAUUCAUUUGUGCCGGCAAGGUGGGUUUACCCGUUUGUAUUUUUGGCGGGUUUUAACUCUCUGUCUCUGUCUGUCUGUCUAGCACAGGAGAAAAUCCUGUGUUUUCAAUGCAAAUAUUUAAUCAGCUAUUUAACAGAGUGCUUAAAAGGCAUUCAUUCUAGCUGGCUGUAUACAGUCCUAAGAUGGGCGGGGUAUAAAUAAUAAUUUAUUUAUUCAUUUAUUUAUUUCCGAAGGAAUUUGCUCUCACAGAAAAAGUUGGUGAUUCGAAGGAAGAGGACAGUCAAGAGGGAGUGGUGGAGGAAAACGAUUUUGAUUCCGAGGACUUGGAAGUAUUCUACCCGACGAAUCAAUGGCAAACUGUCCGGCCAGGUAAUUUAAAGUUGGCAAAGAUUUUUUAUGUAAUUUUUGCUACUCAAGAGAAACUGCAAUGAAACGGGUAGCAGCUGCAUUCUACUACACCCUGUACCAAAAAAUGCCAAUAAUUUUUCAGUUUAAUCCCAAUUCUGUCAGGAAUAGCCUAUUUUGGAUUCUCGUUAUUCAUAGGGAAUAUCUUUCCUCCCCAAAAUCAACAGCAUAAUUGCAUAUAAAUUUACUCACAUAUAUCUACUUAAACAGCCCAGUGACAGAGGGAAAUGGUUAAACUAAAUAUGAAAUAAUUUAGUGAAUGUUCAGAAGGGCACUGUUAACUAAAGUAUUGUUGUUGUUUGCUCUCCUGUCUCUGAGCAGGGAGAGCCUUCAGGGAAUCGGUGCAUUUCUUGGGUUAGAUUAAUUUGGAGUACAGGUCACUGGAGGGAUGUGGGUGGCGUUGUGGUAUAAACCACUGAGCCUCUUGGGCUUGCCGAUUGGAAGGUUGGUGGUUCGAAUCCCUGCGACGGGGUGAUCUCCCGAUGCUCUGUCCCAGCUCCUGCUAACCUAGCAGUUCGAAAGCACGCCAGUGCAAGCAGAUAAAUAGGUACCGCUGCGGCGGGAAGGUAAACAGCAUUUCCAUGCGCUCUGGUUUCCUUCACAGUGUCCCUUUGCACCAAAAGCGGUUUAGUCCUGCUGGCCACAUGACCCGGAAAGCUGUCUGUGGACAAACACCGGCUCCCUUGGCCUGAAGCGAGAUGAGUGCUGCAACCCCAUAGUCGCCUUUGACUGGACUUAACCGUCCAGGGGUCCUUUACCUUUACUUUUACCUUACAUGUCACUGGAGGCAGACAUUGCCUUCUGUGAAAUAAAGUUUAUUUACAUGCAUACAUAGGCCAGACAUAAGAUGGAAGGCUCGCAGCAUUAACUCUCCCCCAUUAGGUUUCUAACGGGACCACCAAAACCAUCACUUUGGAUUCUGCACAGAGAGCAAGUCAGGCCUAUGUUUCUCUUUUCAGACCCACAUGCAAACACAUGCCUCCCUCGCCUCACUUUCCAGAAGGUUCUCCAGCUAAUUAGUUCCUAUGGCAGCACACAGUCCCAAGCUUACAUUACAAAGCAGAUACAGUGGUACCUCGGGUUAAGUACUUAAUUCGUUCCAGAGGUCCAUACUUAACCUGAAACUUUUCUUAACCUGAAGCACCACUUUAGCUAAUGGGGCCUCCUGCUGCCGCUGCAGCACGAUUUCUGUUCUCAUCAUGAAGCAAAGUUCUUAACCUGAAGCACUAUUUCUGGGUUAGCGGAGUCUGUAACCUGAAGCAUCUGUAACCCGAGGUACCACUGUACUUAUCAGACCUGGCUGGGUCUAGUUCAGGGGUCAGCAAACGUACCGCGCCUCGGGCCGGUGUCUCCAGCGCCGAUCGCGUGGCGGACCAGAGGGCAGGGGAGCGCGCGUCCAUACUCGUGCGCACACGCUAUUUCCGGCGCACUUCCAGGUGGGAGGAGCACCGGAAAUAGCUUGUGCGCUUGUGCAUGGGCCUCCUACGACCCGGAUGUGCACCGGAAAUAACGCGCAUGCGCAUAAGCUAUUUCCGGUGCUCCUCAGACCCAGAAGUGGGCAGCUGCGCUGCGCCAGUAACAGUGGGCGGUGGCAGAAGGUGGUGGGGGUCACCGUGGGCCGGAUAAAUGAGUCCCUCAGGCCUUAUCCGACCUGCGGGCCUUAGUCUGAGGACGCCUGGUCUAGUUGCUUAGCAGUGAAACUGGAUUGACCAUUUAAGAAGUCCUCCCACCCCUCAAAAAAAAAAAAAAGGCUCAAAGGAGAGGUUGUCAUUGAAAUUCUACUCAAUAUUGAUCCAGAGUAGAUUCCAAUGUAUAGUCAGCAGAGUAACUACUUAAACACGUUGCAGAGUUUCCAAAAAAAACUAGACCAGAGGCAUUUCAUCCACAGAGCUUUACUGCUGAAGACAAAUGAGCAUAAUGGUCACAAAUCCAAUACAUUCAGGAUUUGGCAAUGUCCAUAAGAAAUCCAGUUGCAGCAGACUUAACUUAAAUGUACAAACUUAUAAUGGGACGCGGGUGGCGCUGUGGGUUAAACCACAGAGCCUAGGACUUGCUGAUCAGAAGGUCGGCAGUUUGAAUCCCCGCGACAGAGUGAGCUCCUGUUGCUCGGUCCCUGCUCCUGCCCACCUAGCAGUUCGAAAGCACGUCAAAGUGCAAGUAGAUAAAUAGGUACCGCUCCGGCAGGAAGGUAAACGGUGUUUCCGUGCGCUGUUCUGGUUCGCCAGAAGCGGCUUAGUCAUGCUGGCCACAUGACCCGGAAGCUGUACGCCGGCUCCCUAGGCCUGUAAAGCGAGAUGAGCGCCGCAACCCCAGAGUCGGCCAUGACUGGACCUAAUGGUCAGGGGUCCCUUUACCUUACAAACUUAUAAUAAGUUUAGAUCUUAACACUAUGUACGGAACAUCAAACCAGAACGAAAAGAGAUAGAAAGAAAGUGAAACCCGGGCUCCUUCUGGCCUCCCUAUUACAGUCAGCCUGACCUGGACAGAAAGAGAUAACAGAAGCAGUUUAAACCAGCUGUACUCAGCUUCUCUGAAGGAAUAACCCAAACAUCAGUAACCUUCUGCAUGUUUCCCUCACACAGCGAAGCUUUCAGAACCCUCCUGAAUUAAGUAGAUGUGACCCCAUGUUUCACUGACUUUGACUUCAGUCAUGUUUCAUGAUUUCUAAUUCGCUGCCUUUUGCUGUAUAAUGUUAAUAGAAAAUGUUGGUCUUGAAAUGAAACACUGAGGAGAAGAAAUGUGUGCUAAUUUAUAUAUCUAUAUUAUUAUUAUUUGCAGGUCAGGCUGUUCCUGCCGGCUUACAUGUUCAAUUAAAUCUUCAGACAGGAGAAAAAUUAGCCAAGCUUCCAGAUAAUGAAAAUAAGAAAAGUGACGUGAAAGACCCUCAGAAAAGUAAAGGGUAAGGUAGCUUCAGACAACUCUUAUUUUUCUAAGCAGAAAGCAGAUGAACUUCCGUUUUCCCUGCCGUCCGUUGAGGACGAUUUGGGAUUUCCAUAGAGUCAGGUGGGCAACCUGUGAGACAUUGUGGUUUGUGGGGCCUCCAGCCUGGUUUUUCGCAGUUUCCUGAAUGCCUCCUAGAGCUGCUCCAUUCUUCCAUUCUGUCAGUGGAAUGGAUUGUUGGUUUGUGUGUCUUUGGGUUCCUUUCUCCCCCAUUUCAGCAGCGUCUUCACAACAGCAGCAGCAGUCUAGCCUUCUCUUGGUGAAAUCCCGUGACAGGAGUAACCACCUCACCCAUCCAGUUCUUCUCUAAAGUAUUUAUUAUUCCCAUUACAAGUCGCACAGUGCUACUGGUUUACGUAUAAAAUGAGAAAACUAUGUACUGUGGUACCUUGGUUUGAACAACUUGGAUUAAGAACGCUGCAAACCCGGAAGUAGGUGUUUUGGUUUGUGAACUUUGCCUUGGAAGCAGAACAUGUUUCGCUUCCCGUUGAGUGUGUUCCAUUUGUAAAUUGAGUCCCCCACUGCUAUGGGAAAGCACGCCUUGGUUUAAUCAUCAUCAUCAUCAUCAUCAUACAUUUUAUUUAUACCCCGCCCUCCCCAGCCAAGACCGGGCUCAGGGCGGCUAACACCAGGUAUAAAACAAUUGAUUAAAAUACAACUUAAAAACAAGAUUAAAAUACAACAUUAAAAUGCAACCUCAUUUCAGUAGAAACUCAAACCAAAAACUUUUUGGGGAUGAAAACAUCAAAUCUUCACCAAGGCCAACUAUCCAGACUGGUCCUACGUGGGCCAGGAAAAAAAGCCCAGGAAGUCCCCAAAUAGGAGUUCCAUCACAGAAGGAGAAAUAGGAUAGAGGGGAAGGAGUUCAAGUUGAUUAAGAACGCUUUGGUUUAAGAACGGACUUCCGGAACGGAUUAAGUUCGUAAACCAAGUUACCACUGUACAGAUCUCUGCUCCCUUCAGCUAACCGGCCAGAGAGACAGGCUCACAGACUUUCACAUGUUCUGGCAGCCACAUGGGGUGUCUCAUGGCUCAACUGCAUCUGCUAAGCAAGAGGAUGGGCUUCAAGGCUCAUUUCAAGUUUAUUAUGGCAAUAUAUCAACAUGGAUAAGACGCCAGUUUUGGGCAACUCUUCCUCUCCUCCUGUGCUGUCCCCUCCAGUUCACCGCAGAGUAUCCCUCCGCCCUCGGAAGCAACUUUUGAUGAGAGUGGAGGGGGAACCACCGAAAAUGGUCCCCCUCUCCAUUCUAUUGGCGGAUACCUUCCAUCGGUGGAGGGACAGCACUCGGAUGCCACCCCAUGUGAUAGGAGAGGAAGGUUCACCAAGAGCUGAUGUUGUAUCAAAUGCAGUUUUUGAACUGCAGGAAAUUGAAUCAUCUCCUCGCAAGCAGGACCCAUAGAUAGGAGAUAGUGGACACUUGGGUUGCGAACGGGAUCCGUGUGGGUUGCAUGGUUGCAACCCGCAGCGUCACGUCAGUGCACGCACGGGUUGCGAUUCGGCACGUCUGUGCAUGCACAAUGCACGAUUUAGUGCUUCUGCGCAUGCACGACCGCCGAAAGCUGGAAGCAACCUGUUGUGGUACUUCCGGGUUUCGGCGGUCCGCAACCCGAAAAAACACAACCUGAAGCGUCUGUAACCCGAGGUAGUAAAGGUAAAGGGACCCCUGACCAUUAGGUCCAGUCGUGGCUGACUCUGGGGUUGCGGCGCUCAUCUCGCUUUACUGGCUGAGGGAGCCGGCGUACAGCUUCCGGGUCAUGUGGCCAGCAUGACUAAGCCGCUUCUGGCGAACCAGAGCAGCGCACGGAAAACCCGUUUACCUUCCCGCCGGAGUGGUACCUAUUUAUCUACUUGCACUUUGACAUGCUUUCAAACUGCUAGGUUGGCAGGAGCAGGGACCGAGCAACGGGAGCUCACCCCGUCGUGGGGAUUCAAACUGCCGACCUUCUGAUCAGCAAGUCCUAGGCUCUGUGGUUUAAACCACAGCGCCACCCGCGCCCCGUAACCCGAGGUAUGACUGUACAAUUUGUUAAGAAACUGUACAAACAGAGGCAUUAGGACAUAAACUAGGAAAGCAAGUCAAUACAGUGGUGCCCCGCAAGACGAAUGCUUCGCAAGACGAAAAACUCGCUAGACGAAAGAGUUUUCCGUUUUUUGAGUCGUUCCGCAAGACGAAUUUCCCUAUGGGCUUACUUCGCAAGAUGAAACGUCUUGCGAGUUCUUGCAGUUUCCUUUUUCUUAAAGCCGCUAAGCCGUUAAUAGCCGCUAGCCGCUAAGCCGUUAAUAGCCGCUAAGCCGCUAAUAGCCGUGCUUCGCAAGACGAAAAAACUGCAAGACGAAGAGACUCGCGGAACGGAUUAAUUUCGUCUUGCGAGGCACCACUGUACUGUGGAGUUUGCUAAAGGAUGUUGAGAACGCCUGUCCUUCUUUGGGUUGCCAGUCCUCAUGAGCCGGUGGGGGCUGUGGGGGUGUUCUGGCUUAGCAAAUAUCGUGGGACUGAUCAGUAGAGAAGAGACAACAUUGUCAACUUCAUAUAAACAACUGGCAGAAGAGAGAGAUUUCAAGAACUGCAGGGGGAAAUCUGAAGAUGGAAUUAGCAAUUCAUCAGCGCUCAGCCCUUUCUUCUUGAAAACUCACUCUUUUAAAUCUUGCUCUUUCUAAGUUUCAGCCGAAACGGUUGACUGUCAGCAGGCCUCGCCGUUUGAAGUGAUCUCUCCCCCCUCCCCUUCCUCCAAGGGAAAUAUGAGAUAUGUGCAUCUAUACAUCUGACAAAGGGAAAUUUAUUACAGAAAAGCUUGGGCUCAUUGAUAUUACAAACAAGCCAGAUGGUGGUGUUCGUGUGUCGCCUUAGUCUUAAUCGUAUAAUUACCACGAGGGAAGUCGGGUUCGCUUGUGAUAAUCUAGGAUGACAAACAGGCUUCUCUCCUGCCCUCCUCCUUUCUGCUUUGAAGAUGUGUUUCUGUAUUUUGGGAUGCAUUUGAGAAUUUUUGCAUACGCCUUUUAGGUUGAUAUGUCUUUGGGUUGGGACCUGAAUAGGGGGAAGCGCUAUCCUUUAUUUGAGAAGCUGUUUCUCGAGGGAAAUUCCCUUUACAGUUCUGAAAUUAGCAAUGUAUCAGGGCACAUGUAUAGUUCAGAAAUAUCAGUCCUCUUUGUUGUAGCAUCUCUCCGGGGUCAGAGAGUGGGAGCCUUUUCCCCAGUCGUUGGGGGUUGGGUCUGGCUCCUGCUGCUUGCAGAAUGGCUUCUCUGCCACUGAACUACCGUAUUUUUCCAUGUAUAACACGCCCCCUCUUUUUUCGGACUCAAAAUUGAAAAAAUGGGGGGAAAUUGCCCAGAGUUGUUAAGCUUUUUGGGGGGGGAGAUUGCCCAGAGUUGCUGAGUGUUUUCCCGGAGAUGAUUGCCCGGACUCGUUGUGAUUUUUUGCAGGGGGUUACUGAAAAUUGGGACGUGGGUGGCACUGUGGGUUAAACCACAGAGCCUAGGACUUGCCGAUCAGAAGGUCAGUGGUUCUAAUCCCCACGACGGGGUGAGCUCCCGUUACUCGGUUCCUGCUCCUGCCAACCUAGCAGUUCGAAAGCACCUCAAAGUGCAAGUAGAUAAAUAGGUACCGCUCCAGCGGGAAGGUAAACGGCGUUUCUAUGUGCUGCUCUGGUUUGCCAGAAGCGGCUUAGUCCUGCUGGCCACUGACCCGGAAGCUGUACGCCGGCUCCCUUGGCCAGUAAAGUGAGAUAAGCGUCAAAGCCCCAGAGUCGGCCACGACUGGACCUAAUGGUCAGGGUUCCCUUUACCUUUACCAAAAAUCACUCACCCGCAGAACCACCACAGACUAUCGCAUGGACAUCGACGAAGCCACCAAUUGUCUGCAGGUUCGCCGAAAGCAAGCGCCAAUCACCCGCCCAAUUGCCAGUAGCCAGCAGACCUUGCCACACCCACCAAUCACCCGCAAAAAAGCUGCUGACAAUCUCCUGCUCGCGGCAGCCACCAAUU